UAGGAAGUGGUGAUUCCUGGAGUAGAGAUGGCCGCGCUGGCUGUGCUGCCGCCGCUGCCGCCGCAGUUUAAGAGCAUACAGCAUCAUCUGCGGACGGCUCAGGAGCAUGACAAGCGGGACCCCGUGGUGGCCUAUUACUGUCGUUUAUAUGCGAUGCAAACUGGAAUGAAGAUUGACAGUAAAACUCCUGAAUGUCGUAAAUUUUUAUCAAAGCUGAUGGAUCAGUUAGAAGCUCUUAAGAAACAGUUGGGUGAUAAUGAAGCUAUUACUCAAGAAAUAGUUGGUUCUGCCCAUUUGGAGAAUUAUGCUUUGAAAAUGUUUUUGUAUGCAGAUAAUGAAGAUCGUGCUGGGCGAUUUCACAAAAACAUGAUCAAGUCCUUCUAUACGGCAAGUCUUUUAAUAGAUGUCAUAACAGUGUUCGGAGAACUCACUGAGGAAGUGAGUAAUGUGAAACACAGGAAGUAUGCAAGGUGGAAGGCAACAUAUAUCCAUAAUUGUUUGAAAAAUGGAGAGACUCCUCAAGCAGGGCCUGUUGGAAUUGAAGAAGAUAAUGAUGUUGAAGAAAACGAAGAUGCUGGAGCCACCUCUCUGCCCACUCCGCCACCUCAGCCAUCAUCUUCAGCUUAUGACCCAAGCAACAUGCCAUCGAGCAGCUAUACUGGAAUCCAGAUUCCUCCCGGUGCACAUGCUCCAGCUAAUACACCAGCAGAAGUGCCUCACAGCACAGGUGUAACAAGUAAUACUAUCCAACCUACUCCACAGACGAUUCCAGCCAUCGAUCCCACUCUUUUCAGUACAAUUUCCCAGGGGGAUGUCCGUCUAACACCGGAAGACUUUGCUAGAGCCCAGAAAUACUGCAAAUAUGCCGGCAGUGCUUUGCAGUAUGAAGAUGUCAGCACUGCUGUGCAGAAUCUGCAGAAGGCCCUCAAGUUACUGACUACAGGCAGAGAAUGAAGCCUUUGUACAAGAGAUCAUGUGUUUUUGGCCUAAAGAACUAACAGUCCGUUACUCUAUCUUCAGCCUAUCGGGAACACAGUUUUAAGGAAGACUUCAGUUCCACUGAAUAGAACAAUGAAAUCUGUGUCUGUUUAUCAGAUUCCUGUUGAAGCAUUCAGCAGCAGCCUAACCAGUUUUCAUUGUCCGUUUAGUGGAUCCAGUAAUCUCUGGGUACGUGGGGCUGAUGUUAGCAAGAUCCUAAAAAUGCCCAUUAAACCCUGCUUCAAAACGUGAAACUACAGUUCUACAAAAUGUAUUGGGAAUAAGCUUUGUAUCUUAAUUUGCAUAAGUUAAGGAAUGUUUUUAUUCUGUAAUUUGGACAGACAGAUUGUAUUACUUUGCUAUAAAAUUCUCAAUUUAGCUUUUAAUAAAGAUUGCCAGAAUGUUCUAGAUUAGAGAUCAUGUUUUUGUUUUCCUCAAGAUUUAUAAAACAAAUAUGAACGUCCUAAACUGUUAGGUGAAUCUGAAAUCAAAAUUCAAUUUAUAUUCAUGUUAAAUAUAACUACAUUAAAAGUUCAAUUUUUCAUGGAAGGAAAUGUAAAGAGAGAGAGCACUUUUAGACUUACGAAUAAUGUUGGUUUCCCAACUGCUUUCCCUUAUCCACUGAAGCUUAAGGUGUAUCGGUACUUCCUUCAUAGGCAGUUUGACUGCAUGUGGUAGAAAAUGAAAAGAAGACAUUUGUAGUAAUGCCUGGAAACUUGGUGCUUUAAGUUAAGGUUCUCUUCUGCUGCUAUGGAAUGGAUUCCAUAGAGUGUAUAGCUAUGAAUGAUGCAGGAGAUUAUAAGAAUUUAGAUGCUCAGUUGUUAAGUUUAUGAGUUUUGUGGAGAAUUAUGGACUUAUACUGUGUUACCUGCACUUGUGCUGUGUAAAAAAUAAAUACAAAGAUUCUUUCAACUGGUUCAAAUUA